AUGUUUGGUGAUAUUAAAGAUGAGUUACAUGGUCAAGAGGAGAAUAUGGCAGAAGCAACUGCUACAGCAAAUACUCUUGCUGAUAUUUCUACUCUGAUAACACAACAGAGUAAGAAUUACAAUGAUGGUAGUAGACUUGGAAUGACAGAAUCCAAUGAAAAAAGACCAAGACGUGGUCGUGUAGCAGAACAUCCAUGCUGGGAAUUGGUGCAACGAGUUGAUGAACAUAACUGUAUGAUUUGUAAAAUAUGCUCCAAAGUGGUAAAAUGUUUGAAUACCCGAAAUGCAAUGCAACAUUUUAGCAGCUGUCAUCCGCAGAUUGCUGUUGAGCUUGAUCAAUCGUGGCAGAUGAAAUUGCAACUCAAAGCUGAUUUCAAUCGUAUAUCCUCAGAAACCUCGUUAUUCCAUAGAAGUAUGUGGAAAAGGCGUGGUCGUGCGGCAGAACAUCCUAGCUGGCGUUAUUUCUGUCGAAUUAAUCGAAAAAGUUCGAAUUGUAAAUUAUGUGGUGUGCAUGUGGCGUAUGCGUGCUCUGGCAAUUUAAUGAAACAUUUAAAGUCCAGACAUCUUGCAGAAUUUGCCAUAACUCAACGAGAGUGGGAAGAAAUUCUUAAGAGAAAGAAACAACUUUGCGAGUUGCGACUAAAGGUGAGUUCAAAUGUAUCUGGAUCUGAAGAACAAUCACCAUCAAACUUCUUAUCGUACGAUUAUGAAGAUGAACAAGACGAUGGCUUAGGAAAUGUGGAACUCUUCGAACAGAGCAACGGGAAUGAGAAUGACGGUUCAGCACCUAAUGAGGCUGAUUCGAAGUUGGAUGAUUUUGAUGGUCAAACAACUUUGCAACAUGAUGCAGCAAUUGAACCUUCUAUUGCAGAUGGCGCAAAAAUUACGGACGUCAGUGAAACUGCGAACAGAAUUUUGCAGUCCAUUGGAUUUUCAUCUCAUCCACCUAAAUCACCCUCACCUGAAUUGCAACAGCAGGGAUCAUGGCUUUCACAGACCUCUUUGGAUACAAAAAAUGAUGCAUUUAAAAGACGCAUCAGCUUUUUCGGUGAUCUGUAUAACUUUGUUGAUUUCAUUUUUAAUGAUUUAUUUGUUUUUGGAUUUGAAAUAAUAAACGGAUUAGCAGAAGAUUUGGUAUCAUUCCCAAUGGAGAAAUCAUUAUUGUGUAUGCGUCAGAUUCGAAAAUACAUGGAUGAAAAAUUGAUUGGAUUGGAAGGAAGCAUACAGAAUUCAGAAGUAGACACCAAUGUUACUUAA